ACCAUGGAAACCACCACACCAAAACAUUCAGCAGGUCCACCAGCAACAGUAUAUUAUAUUAUUAGUACACAAGUAGUGGUCAGUAUUAUCGCAAGACUGGCUAAUAUGGAAACUUAUCGUACAAAUGUGAAGAUCGCAGACUGGAAUGAGGAUGAAAGGAAAGAGUAUCUGGAGAAAAAAGAGAGGGGUGAGCUUGCUGUCCAGCAACUAGACUUCCUCAAAGAGAACAUUUUGAGACCGGUGAAUCUCACUGUGACAACUGAUGGGAGAUUGCACUUCGGGGAUGUUGUGAUGUUGGUGAACGCGGGAGGAGAAAAGAGAGAGUGCACUACAGUGAACAUUAAUGCAGACGUACACAGUUUGACGAAGAUUCCUUCGCCUGGCAUUCAGGCCCCAUGUGGUGUCAGUGCAGGAAGACGUAUUCAGGCCUGUGUGCGCACUGCCUUCAUCAUUACCAGUGUAGAUGGCAGUCCUGAAGGGUCAACUCUGCAUUUUCAGCAAAGUUUUGCCCUGAAAACAACAAGUGGCUUUGCCGGGGAAAUGUACUUGAUGAGUGACCUGAAAAGUUUUCAUAAGUAUGCGAAGAAAUCCCGACUACAAGAAGUGAAUUUGGAUGACAACAGUUCCUUUGUGUCAUGGUGGAAGAUAGUCCACUUUGACCCCCAGGAGAGGCUUGAAUAUGAGGGUCAGCCAGUUCCUGCAAAUGUGAGCGUGCUGAUCAUACACUGCAAGACAAACCAGGCUCUUGCUGUUCUGGAUGAUUACGUCCUUCGGACCACAUAUGACAAAGAGUAUGAGGUGACGGCUCACACCUUCCUGGACUCCCACAAAGCCGAACGGGACAACAACCACUGGAUGCUCUGCACUGGUGACCCUGCAGCGAAUGGGCUCGUACUUCUCAACCACCCAUAGUGAGCGGCCAACAACAAGGAGCUCACACAGGCAAACCCUGGCACCUAAAUCUACAAUAACACAAUUCACUCUCAUGCUUUAACACGAACAAAUACGGCAGAUAGAUACUACAUCGUUAACAACACCUUAACUUUUUUAAAAUAAAAGUAUUUUUUUUGUUCUGUU